GCCAUCGCUAUGCUCGUUUUCUUUUAUAGGGUGUUUGUCUCCUGAGAAAGACCACAGAGAAAAGAAAAGAAAAUCACCAAACCCAAAACAAAAACAAAAAAAAAAAUCUCAAAAGAGAAAGUUUUCAGUUCGUUCCAAUCACACUGAUUUGAGAGCUCUCUUUCUUCUUCUUCUUCAAUUAUCUCUUCCAUCUUCCUCUUCAAUAAUUACAAUAAACCUCCUAAAAAGAAAAAGGUCUGACCCAUAUCCAAAAAAGAAAAAACCCUUUUGCCCAGAAGUUUGAUUUGAUCGAUCUAUAGAUCUAACGCUUUCGAACCCACAUGUAUUGCUCUGUUUCUUUUAGAUCUCCGUCGUUGUUUUCCUCUGACUGAUCAAACUUCCUAACUGUAUCAUACUGUUAAGGAGGGCAGGAGUUUUUCAUUGGACUGUUUGUUCUUACAUCCAUUUUGGAUGUGGAGGUAUAGGAGGCUGGCCCGGGUGAAAUGAGGGAUGUUAUCAAGGUUGAUGAACUUUCUGAGGGCUUGCUGGCGGCCGUCCUCGGACAGGUAUGUCCACACGGGUUCGGAUGCAGCUGGCCGGCAAGAUGGGUUACUGUGGUACAAAGACAUGGGGCAGCACUUGAAUGGUGAAUUCUCGAUGGCUGUUGUCCAGGCCAACAAUUUGCUCGAGGAUCAGAGCCAGAUUGAGUCCGGUUCAUUGAGCUUGCUCGACUCCGGCCCAUACGGCACCUUCGUCGGAGUAUAUGAUGGCCAUGGCGGUCCUGAGACGUCACGUUACAUCAACGAUCACCUGUUCCAGCAUCUCAAAAGGUUUACUUCAGAACAACAGUCCAUGUCAACUGAUGUGAUCCGUAAAGCAUAUCAAGCCACUGAAGAGGGCUUUAUGUCCGUUGUCACGAAACAGUGGUCUAUGAAGCCACAACUCGCAGCUGUCGGAUCCUGCUGCCUUGUUGGUGUGAUCUGUGGAGGCACGCUAUAUGUUGCCAACCUUGGAGAUUCUCGGGCCGUGUUGGGGAGACUUGUGAAGGCAACCGGAGAGGUUCUUGCCAUCCAGCUGUCGUCAGAGCACAAUGUUGGCCUAGAAUCUGUUAGACAAGAAAUGUAUUCUUUGCACCCCGAUGACUCGCAGAUUGUCGUUUUAAAGCAUAAUGUAUGGCGUGUCAAGGGUUUGAUACAGGUUUCUAGAUCUAUUGGCGAUGUAUAUCUAAAAAAGGCUGAAUUCAAUAGGGAGCCUUUAUAUGCAAAAUUUCGUCUUCGAGAACCUUUUAAAAAGCCGAUUUUGAGCUCUGAGCCAUCGAUCACUGCACAUGAACUUCAACCUCAUGACCAGUUUGUCAUAUUUGCCUCUGAUGGAUUAUGGGAGCACCUUAGCAAUCAGGAGGCAGUUGAUAUAGUCCAAAAUCACCCACGCAGUGGAAGCGCUCGAAGGCUUGUGAAAGUUGCCUUGCAGGAAGCAGCCAAGAAGAGAGAAAUGAGGUACUCAGACUUGAAGAAGAUAGACCGAGGCGUACGUCGGCAUUUCCACGAUGACAUUACAGUCAUAGUUGUAUUUCUGGACUCGAACCUUGUGAGUAGAGCCAGUUCAGUCAGGGGCCUAACUUUGUCUCUGAGGGGCGGCGGUAUUACCCUACCCGCCAAGACCGCCACCACGAUGGAGCUCAAUACUACAUGACCAACGAAACCACGGUUCGCGCACACGACUGUUGUUGUACCUAGUGUCAUAUCCUUCUCCGAACUCGAAAAGUGAUCCGUCUGCUUUGUACAUCACAAAGGGAGAUGAGAGAAGGUGCAAGUCAAUUAGGACGUGUAUUUUAUUUAGUUUCUGAGAACUGGGGCAGAAGUAAACGGAAAGAAUCAGGGAAAAUUUGUGCUUCAAAGUUUGAUGCUGAAGAUUCUUUCUUCAGGAUACUCUUCGGAUUUUACUCUUUUUUUUUUUUUUUUUUUUUUUUUUUGGCCCUUCCCCUUUCUUUUCUUUCUUCCAGAGUUUUUAAUUUUGCCUCGUGUAAAUCUUAUGUGAAAUGUCAUCCCUGAAAAUUGAAGUUUCUAUGCCUGUUCUGAAAAUGGUUUAGGAGACUUGAAAUUCUCAGAAUAAUGCUUCUAUGGAGUACUUGGAUGACAUCUUUCUGUGGUUUUUCUUUCUUUUGAAGAAUUCUCCGAUAGGGUAUGAAAAAACAAACUACUGGUGAGAUAUAGUUGUGAACUAUUAGAUUACAUCGUAAUCAAAUCAAUUUAAAAAGAAUAUAUUGACA